AUGGCUGAUCUCAACAAGUUUUUCGAGACCGUCGACUCUCUCAAGCCCGAAUUCAUCCAGCGACUCUCUGACGCCGUGGCUAUCCCCUCCGUGUCUGCUGACGCCGAGCACCGACCUGAGGUGGUCAAAAUGGCCCAUUGGACCGUUGACCAGCUCAAGGCUCUGGGCGCUCACGACAUUGAGCUCCGAGAGCUGGGUGUCCAGGAGGGCACCGAGGAUCUGCAGCUUCCCCCCGUUGUGCUUGCCAAGUACGGCAAUGAUGCCAACAAGAAGAACAUCCUUAUCUACGGCCAUCUAGAUGUUCAGCCCGCUCUCAAGGAGGACGGCUGGAACACCGACCCCUUCGUUCUGACCGUGGACGAGGAGAAGGACGUCAUGUACGGCCGAGGCUCCACCGAUGAUAAGGGUCCCGUCAUUGGCUGGCUCAACGCCAUUGAGGCCUACAAGAAGGCCGGCAUCGACUUCCCCGUCAACCUUGUCAUGUGUUUCGAGGGCAUGGAGGAGUCUGGCUCUCUCGGUCUUGAGCAGCUCGUCUUCGCCGAGGGCGACAAGUACUUCAAGGGUGUUGACGCCGUGUGCAUCUCCGACAACUACUGGCUGGGAACCACCCACCCCGUUCUUACCUACGGUCUGCGAGGCUGCAACUACUAUUCCAUCACCAUCACCGGCCCCGGUGCUGAUCUGCACUCCGGUGUCUUUGGAGGUAUUGUCAACGAGCCCAUGAUUGAUCUCUCCAAGGUGCUGGCCACCCUGGUCGACGGCAAGGGCAAGAUCCAGAUCGAGGGCGUCGACAAGAUGGUUGCUCCCGUAACCGAGGAGGAGCGAUCUCGAUACGACGACAUUCACUACGACAUCAAGGAGCUCACCGAGGCUACCGGUGGUAACGACAUCAACAUGCACUCUACCAAGGAGGACACCCUCAUGGCUCGAUGGCGAUACCCCUCCCUCUCUAUCCACGGUAUUGAGGGCGCGUUCUCUGGUGCUGGAGCCAAGACCGUUAUUCCUGCCAAGGUCUCCGGUAAGUUCUCCAUCCGAACUGUCCCCAACAUCAACUCCAAGAUGCUGGACGAGCUUGUGUUUGCCCACGUUGAGAAGGAGUUUGCCAAGCUCGGUUCUAAGUGCAAGCUGAACGUCGAGCUUGUCCACGACGGUGACUACUGGGUGUCUGACCCCAACAACUGGAACUUCACCGCCGCCAAGAAGGCCACCAAGGCCGUGUGGGGAGUCGAGCCCGAUCUCACCCGAGAGGGUGGAUCUAUUCCUAUCACCCUCAUUUUCGAGCAGGCCACCAAAUCUGAUGUUCUGCUGCUGCCCAUGGGCCGAGGAGACGAUGGAGCCCACUCCAUCAACGAGAAGCUCAACAUCUCCAACUACAUUGGAGGAGUCAAGACUCUCGGAGCCUACCUCCACUACAUUGCUGAGGAGAAGAAGGAGUAA